AUGUUGGUGACCCUCAAGCAUUUUCAAAACCAUUCCAAGGGGGCUACGCUGGAGCAGAUUGCCGAGCACAUGGAGCACAUUUACUGUUUAUCAGGCGACAUCAAAAGUCAGUUAGCGCAUGGAUUAUCUACUGCCAUACACUCUCGUUUGGCUUACAAAAGAAAUACACUAUAUUCGUUGAUUUGUCCGGCUGCCAAUAUUCAUCUCGUACCGUUUCAGUGCCUCAAAGCAAAACUGAAAGAAAUCGAUGAAUCUUUCAGCGCCCUGAAACCACUAAGUAGCAAGUCCGACUGUAAAUGCCAAUGUUUCAAGAAAAAGGAGCAAGCGAAAGGAAGAAAAACUGGCAAGGAGUAGUGGUGCAGAUUUCCGCGGGGAAAAUGUACAUGUUCGCAAGGUGUCGGUUACGCGCGGUUGCACGAAACCGUAGAAGAAUCUUGGAGAGAAAUACACGAAGAAGAAGGGCCUUCUGCAAGACCCGAAGAGCUGGAGUUUUUCAACGAUAACGAGAGCUUCCAAUCCGUAGUUGUAGAGCGAGAUUUGUGCGCCAGUGAUCUCUGCCAAUUAUUAGCUAUUAAAAAUCGCACAGCCAAAAGCGUUCAUUGGAGUAUCAUUGAGCAUUGGUGCGACUUAGGAAUUGAAAGACUGCUAGAAGACCACGAAUAUGUCUUAGCCGCUUACAAGGAUAUGAGAAAUUUUUCGUAUCACGCCUCCUUCAAGUUUAGAUUUAGAAAAGAUUUUAGAAAAUACGAGUUCUUCCAUCAUCCCCAGCAAUUUUUUCCAUACGGGAUGUUGAACAUAGAGACUGAGACUGAUAAAGACGUAAACAAAAGUCCGCCUAAUCUUAACCAUUUACAGGUAGAGUAUAUGGUAAUUCAGGAGGGUAUGUGCCCUGUGAUAUUUUCUCACGUUUGGAUUCGCGACGAUCGCAAGAAAGUUUGGAUCAAAACCUUCAUGCUCUUGAGGGAUCAGAAAUUGUUCAUAUCCCAGAAAAUUCAAACGCUGGCCAAAUUCAUGCGGAAACCCAAGGAACAAGCCUUAGAAUUGGUAAGUGUUUAA